AUGACUGUAGAGGAUGCAUGUUUGAGCCCUGGGCAAAGGUAUGACUGGAGAGGAUGCGUGUUUGAGCCCUGGGCAAAGGAUGCGAGUUUGAGCCCUGGGCAAAGUGAUGUUGUUGCAACUGAUGAUGAUGGUGAUAGUGAUGUUGUUGCAACUGAUGAUGAUGGUGACAAUGAUGUUGUUGCAACUGAUGGUGAUAGUGAUGUUGUUGCAACUGAUGGUGAUGGUGAUAGUGAUGAUGUUGCAACUGAUGAUGAUGCUGAUGAUGAUGGUGAUAGUGAUGUUGUUGCAACUGAUAAUGAUGGUGAUAGUGAUGUUGUUGCAACUGAUGAUGAUGGUGAUAGUGAUGUUGUUGCAACUUAUGAUGAUGGUGAUAGUGAUGUUGUUGUUGAUGAUGAUGGUGAUAGUGAUGUUGUUGCAACUUAUGAUGAUGGUGAUAGUGAUGUUGUUGCAACUGAUGAUGAUGGUGAUAGUGAUGUUGUUGCAACUUAUGAUGAUGGUGAUAGUGAUGCAGUGUUCAUUCCAGGAUUUUUUUAA